AUGACUUCACGAUUAAUCGCUUCAGCUAUUCAUUCAACAGUUAAACUUAAUGAUGGUGUGGUUAUGCCAUUAUUUGGUCUUGGAGUAUAUCAAGUUGAGAACAAUUGUGCAGAUUUAGUUGCUGCAGCAAUUGAUACUGGCUAUAAAUUAAUUGAUACAGCUGAAUUUUAUCAUAAUGAAGAAGGUGUUGGUAGUGGAUUAAAACAAAGUGGUAAAAAACGUGAAGAUAUUUUUAUUGUAUCAAAAUGGUUUCCAUCCGCAGAAGGAGCAAAAGGUGCUUUAAAAGCUCUUGAUCACUGUUUGAAAGGUCUUCAAUCGAAUUAUGUUGAUUUAUAUCUUCUUCAUGCACCACAAGGUGGUCAUUGUGCUGAAGCAUAUCGUGCAUUACUCGAUGCAAAGAAACAAGGAAAAAUUAGAUCUUUAGGUGUUUCAAAUUUUGGUGUGAGCCAUUUGGAAGCUCUUGCUAAAUUAGGUCUUGAUAAACCGUCCGUUAAUCAAAUUGAACUUCAUCCAUGGCAACAAAAGAAUGAUAUUGUUAAAUAUUGCCGUGAACAUGAUAUUACUGUUAUGGGUUAUUCACCAUUGGCUAAAGGUCAUAAAGUUCAAGAUAAAACUGUUGGUGAAAUUGCAAAAAAAUUAUCGAAAACUCCAGCACAAGUAUUGAUUCGUUGGUCUGUUCAACAUGGAUUUAUAACAAUUCCUAAAACAUCUCAAGCAUCAAGACUUCAAUCGAAUGCUGAUGUUUUCGAUUGGUCAAUUCCAGAAGAAGAUAUGAAAACAUUGAAUGCACUUGGUAAUACACCAUGGUCUUGUACAUGGGAUCCAACAAAUAAUUCUUUAAAAGAAGCUGGUUUACAAUAG